GGCUGCCAACCUGUCCAGAGCUGUAUCGCCAUGCUGUCCCCCGCACUAGCGAUGUUGGGCGACUUUUAUGUGUUUCUGGAACAGUUGUUCGCACUACAGCUGCUAAGAUGCUUGAAUAUCAAAAGGACUUCAUGUGUAUUCAGUGUAAACAUGUGUUCACAGUAAAGGCAGAUCAUGACCAGUACUAUGUGAUGAAUAAGCCAAGUCGUUGUCCAAAUCCUGAAGAAUGUUAUUGCAACAACUUCACCCCUCUUGGAGCUUCCUCACAUCCUCUGCAUACUAAAGACUAUCAAGAAAUCAAAAUUCAGGAACAAGUGAGAAAGCUGGUGAUAGGAACUAUCCCCCGCUCACUUUGGGUGACUCUGGAAGAUGAUCUCGUUGAUUCCUGUAAGCCUGGGGAUGAUGUCCUGAUCUGUGGAACUGUACACAGGCGUUGGCUUCCAGUAGUGAGAGACUCCAGGCCUAAUAUUGACCUUGUAUUAAAGGCUAACAACAUAGCUAUUCACAACAAGCAGCGUUCAGGGAACAUAGUUACAGAUGAGAUGCGAGAAGAAUUUGCAGAAUUUUGGGAACAUCACAAAUAUGACCCAUUAAGAGGAAGGGAUAUUAUAUUAUCUUCAUUCUGUCCACAG